GCCUCCAGGUCACUCAGAAAGAAGAACUCAAGCUGGACAAGACCCAAUAUCUGCAAUUACAACAUGUUGAACACCUUGCUGAUGUGCUGGGCGAUGCUCCAGGGGAUUCAGGUGGCCCUAACGUCUGUCCAUGGCAGCGGGCAAGUGGACGAUAUCAACCCCUCUAUCAGCCUGGAGGGGAGGCAUGUCUACCCAGGCCUGCUGAGGAAAGUCGAGGACUCAGCUGCGUUAUUAAGAGCGGACUUUGACAGAAUGGCUGCAGAUGCCGAAGAAGAGCUGCUCAUGGAAAAAGUUCUUGAUCCCGAGGAGAUGUCUGAUGCACUGCAACUUCAGCGCAGAGCGCCCCGCUCCCCCAGGAGUUGUGUCAUGAAUCGGAAGUCCUGUAUCGGGCAUCAGUCCUGCUGUGACCCAUGUGACACCUGUUACUGCCGCUUCUUCAAUGCCAUCUGCUACUGCAGGAGAAUCAGCAACGCCUGUCCCCACAGCAGACACUGAGACGCACAGCCUCUCUCUUGAGCUUUGGUGCCGGAGCAUUGACACCCUUUCAUAACAAGAGUCAGUCAGUCGUUUGGUCAGUGGUUAAUUAGAUACAUUAAUAAAGUACAAACACAAAAUAAUAGUUCAUGUUGAAAAUAAUAAGGUUUGUGAAAAAGACAAGCCUAAUCAUUCGUACCCGUUCAGUGUACCGUUUAUGGGUAUUUGGUAUUGCUUUGUUUGGAUAUGUCUGGGGGAAUUUUUUUUUAUUAUUAUUGUUUAUCAACAGAUCUGUUUCAAUUACUCAAUACCAUAAAGCUCUUAAACUAGGCAGAGCUCAACUGAAAAAACAUGCCACACCCCCAGCACCCCUAGUGCCAGCGCCCCUGAUCCUCUGUCAAAUCAUUUAAUGAAAAUCAAUGAUUUAUUAUUGGCUACUCGGUGCAAUACUGUUGAAAAUAGAGGGUGUCAAUACUUUUUGUUACCACUGUUUCUAUGGCAAGUGAAAAUGUUUUCUUAAAUCUAGAAAAGCUGAUUAGAUAUGUGUUUUAAUCUCU